ACUGAUAUCCCCCUUUCCUCCUCUUGACCGAACUACUCGUAGAAAUCUCACCUUGAACCAGGAAGAGGAACACGGAGAUCCGCCGCGCAGGGUACAGUUUGUAUGCAUACCGUGUUAUGAUACUCCCUUCAGCCUGAUUAUGACCAAUAGACUUUAGUAGGCUGCAGGGUUUCCCCACUAUAACCUAAUAAAUAGCUAUACUACUCCCUUACCCACAGUUUCUCGAGAAUGCCCUCAUUCAACGCACGCCUAGCCUCCAUCACUGCACACAUGUCUCCUCCUGUUCCCACCUCAUUCGAAGCUGUGCCAUUGGCACCAGCUGACCCUUUGUUUGGUCUUGCGGCCGCCUGCAAGGCAGAUACUUGUGACAGGAAGGUCGAUUUGGUUGUUGGUGCUUAUCGUGAUGACAAUGCUAAGCCGUGGAUCUUGCCAGCUGUUAGGAAGGCGGAUGCCAUUCUCGCAAAUGAUCCAAAUUUUAACCAUGAAUAUCUUCCGAUCGCUGGUUUGCCUGCUUUUACGUCAGCUGCCGCUAGGUUGAUUCUCGGGAAGGAUUCGCCAGCAAUUCAGGAGUCAAGGGUCACUUCAGUGCAAACCAUCUCUGGCACUGGUGCAGUCCAUCUUGGAGCCUUGUUUCUCGCUAAGUUUUACCCUCGCCCACAGAACCAGGAAGUCCACCUUUCAAGCCCCACCUGGGCAAACCACCACCAGAUCUUCACGAAUGUUGGCCUCCCUCUUGCUUCCUACCCCUAUUUUUCGGCCAAGACAAAGGGGCUUGAUUUCGAGGGACUUCAAGCAGCUCUUGAAUCUUCCACGGACGGAUCUAUUAUCUUGCUGCAUGCCUGUGCCCACAAUCCUACUGGUGUAGACCCUACACGCGACCAAUGGGUUAAGAUUGCCGAGAUAAUUCGCAAGAAGCGUCACUUCCCAUUCUUCGAUUGCGCAUACCAGGGCUUCGCUUCCGGUGAUUUGGCCAACGACGCCUGGGCAAUUAGGUACUUCAUUGAGCAAGGAUUUGAACUUUGUGUUGCACAGUCGUUUGCAAAGAAUCUGGGUCUCUAUGGAGAGAGGGUUGGAUGUUUCCAUUUCAUUUCCCCCCCAUCUCCUUCCGCUGCCGAUGCCAACAAGAGAAUUGCCAGUCAAUUGGCAAUCCUACAGAGGAGCGAAAUCAGCAAUCCUCCAGCUUAUGGUGCUAGAAUCGCCAGCGCGGUCCUAAACGAUGAAAAGCUGUUUGCGGAGUGGGAGGAUAAUCUCAGGGAGAUGAGUGGACGCAUCAAGGAUACGAGGAAGGCAUUGUUUGACAAAUUGGGCGAGCUCGGGACACUUGGCAAUUGGUCACAUAUCGUAAAGCAGAUUGGGAUGUUUUCUUUCACUGGUUUGACUGAGAAGCAAGUGUUGAAACUCAAGGAGGAGUCUCACAUUUAUUUGACCAAGAACGGACGUAUCUCGAUGGCUGGUCUAAAUUCCCGAAAUGUGGAGUAUUUCGCUAUAGCUGUGGAUAAGGUAGUUAGGGAGGUGACCGAAUAAAUUUGGGUCUUGGUGAGCGUAAAAA